ACGGCAAUGAAAUAUUCAUGAUCUUUGCUCUUUGGUGUGCUGCUACUCAUUGGCUUUGCAUUGACAAAUGGCAAAGCAACUAAUACAGAUCCACCUGUUCAUUGCGAAUUUCUCAAUCGCAGCAGUUUUGAAUCAGGGUUCAUAUUUGGCACAGGUUCCGCAUCUUACCAGUACGAAGGUGCAGUAAAAGAAGAUGGAAGAGGACCAAGCAUAUGGGAUUCCUUCACCCACAAACAUCCAGAAAAAAUCACUGAUGGCAGUAACUGAAACGUCGCUAUUGAUCAAUGUCACCGCUAUAAGGAAGAUGUGGGGAUUAUGAAGGAUAUGAAUUUGGAUGCUUACAUAUUAUCUAUAUCAUGGUCCAGAUUAUUACCAAAUGGAACGUUAAGUGGUGGCGUUAACAGGAAAGGAAUUGAUUAUUACAACAAUCUCAUCAAUGAACUCCUACGCAAUGGUUUAAAGCCGUUUGUAACACUCUUUCAUUGGGAUGUUCCCCAAGCUUUAGAAGAUGAAUAUGGUGGUUUCUUAAGCCCUCGUAUUGUAUAUCAUUUUAAAGACUAUGCUGAACUUUGUUAUAAGGAAUUUGGUGAUCGAGUCAAGCACUGGUUCACAGUAAAUGAGCCAUAUACUUUUAGUAGCAUGGGUUAUGCUGUUGGGACUCUAGCACCGGGACGCUGCUCUUCUUGGCAAAACCUAAACUGCACCGGUGGAGAUUCAGCCAUUGAACCAUACUUGGUGACACACCACAUUCUUCUUGCUCAUGGAGCAGCUGUAGAAUUGUACAGGAAUAGAUAUCAGGCAUCUCAGAAAGGCUUGAUAGGGAUAACAUUGGUGUCAUACUGGUUUGAGCCUGCUUCGGAGUCAAAGCAAGAUAAAGAUGCUGCCUUACGAUCUUUGGAUUUUAUGUUUGGAUGGUUUUUGGACCCUUUAACAAGUGGUGACUAUCCACACAGCAUGCGAUCAAUUGUUGGAAAAAGAUUGCCAAAAUUCACAAAAGAACAAUCCAAGUUGCUGAACGGAUCAUUUGAUUUUCUUGGAAUAAAUUAUUAUACUGCUAGAUACACAACUAGUACACCUAAGAACAAUUCACUACAGGCAAGCUUCGUAACAGAUCCUCGAGCUGAUCUUCCAACUGAGCUUAAUGGAAUACUUAUUGGUCCACAGACUGCUUCAGAUUGGUUAUAUGUAUAUCCAAAAGGAAUUCACGAUCUUGUGCUCUACACAAAGGAAAAAUAUAAUGAUCCACUCAUUUAUAUUACUGAGAAUGGUGUAUCAGAGUCGAAUAAUCCAAAACUAUCAAUUGACGAGGCUCUUCUUGAUACCGGUAGAAUUGACUACCACUACCGUCACCUAUGUUACCUUCAAGAGGCAAUCAAGAAUUUGAGUAUGAAGGAUUUUUGGUGUGCAACAUGUCUCCUCUACAACUAGUAGCUCGCUUGAAGAGACCAUUGAGAGAUUAUUUGCUUCAACAAAUUUGAGUAUGUCUAAGUUACGGGAACAAGGCUAUGUUGGAGCUAGUAAUAUGAAAGGAGAACUAAAUGGCCUUAAAGCAAAGAUUUUGAACAAGUAUCCUUAAGCAUUUUAUGUUCAUUGUUUUGCACACCAACUUCAACUAGCUCUUGUAGCCGUUGCAAAGGGAAUUGAGGGUGUCGCCAUUUUCUUCAACAAUGCUAGUAUUUUGGUCAAUACUAUUGGAUCAUCGUGUAAGCGUCGUGACGCAUUUAGAGAGAAACAACUAGAACAAAUUAAGAAAGCUCUUGAUAUUGGUGAUCUUGAAAGGGGUAAAGGGUUAAAUCAAGAGAUUAGUCUCAUGCAUCCUUGUGAUACACGUUGGAACUCACAUUAUGGUAUUAUAGUUAGUAUUAUUGUCAUGUUUGAAGCUGUGGUGGAGGUGCUUGAAUGGAUUAAGGAUGAUACCAACCAAGACAAUUUUGAUGAAGUAAGUAAGUUAUUCCAUGACAUACAAACUUUUGAUUUUGUGUUUCA